GUGGGAGAAACAAAACUGGCGGUGACGAUAAGCUGCAGGGAAAUGGAAACAAAAAGUCUGGAAACCCCGGGAAAUAAAGGUGUGCUUUAUUUGUAACAUGAUGCAGAUAAGUGGUUUGGAGGUAAACACAUGACACUCUCCAAAUAAAAGAUGGUGAAGAAUAAAAGGAUGGUGAAUAUGAAACCAAAGCUACAACAUGGUCUGUGUGACAUCCAGAAGAACACACACCAGCACCAUGGCGGCCUUCCAGCUGCUGUUCCUGCUGUUGGUCAGCUGCGCGCCGUCAUCUGCAUAUCCUCCUGGACAUCUCUCUCAAUGCCAGAUUGUCCAGAAGGAUGUGCUGUGCAGCGAUCAGAGCCUCAGAAGUGCACCGGUCAAUCUUCCUCCCGAUGUCCAAAUGCUGGACCUUUCACGCAACCAGGUUCAAAACCUCACCCGGGAAACUCUAGGCUUCCACACUGGCUUUCAUCGCCUCAAUCUUCAUUCUAACAAGAUCCAUUUCAUCCAGCCCAGACUGUUUGAAAACAUGACAGAUCUGAGAGUCCUGGAUCUGUCCAGGAACCAUCUCAAUGUUUUUGCACAUUCCAAAACAAACAUUGGAUCUCUAAAAGCUGUGGAGUCAUUGGAUCUUUCAAGCAAUGGGCUGUACACGGGGAUGUCAGACUAUUUCCUGACCGAUUCGCCAUCACUGGCAAACCUUUCCCUGAACAGCAACAGCAUCACAAAAAUAUCACACAACAUGUUCAGAGGAUCCUUGUCCUUAAAGAAAAUCAGCCUCCACAACAACGUCAUCCUGGAGAUUGAAGAUGGAGCUUUUGACUCUUUACACCAUCUGACUGAACUCGACUUGUCCAAGAAUUCAAUCACAUGCAUCAAUGACUUUGAUCUUUACAACCUGAAAUUGUUCAAUCUCAGCAAGAACAGCUUGGAGACGUUUCAGAGCGACUCGUCAGACAUUCUCUUCAAACUUCUCUCUCUUGAUCUGAGUGAAAACAAAAUGCUUUACUUCCCUGAUCUUCCAGAAAAGAACGAGCUUGAAUAUCUGAACGUUUCACGAAACCAACUUCAGACCACAAACGUAACGAGAAAUCAAGAAAAGCAGUCAAUCUUAAAGUUGUGUUGUUUGAAAUACCUGGACAUGAGUUAUAACCAACUCAAAGGUAUACCAGAGAGUUUUUUCUUUUCCACACCCUUACUAGAGGUCCUGAAUGUGAGUAAUAACUGCAUCCAUUCGUUUUCUGUCAGUCACAUGACCCCUUUAAAUAAGGUGAGGGUUAUCAAUCUCAGCUAUAAUUCACUGCAGAGUCUAACUUUUGGGGAAAACACUCUGCGGUCGCUGAAAAAGCUCUUCCUACAAGGAAAUAAGCUCACAGUUCUAGACCAUCAAAUAUUUCAAAGACUGCCGAGCAUCAGACACCUCCAUCUUGAGCAGAACAACCUGCAGAUCUGUCCCUCUGAGCCAAAGCUAAAAGACCACAACCACCAGGUUCCUACUGAUUGUGUUUCCUUUUCCUCUGUACACAACCUGCAUUUCCUCUACCUUUCUGAAAACCAUUUGAGGACUCUGCCUGGGAAUGCGUUUGUGGACACCCCUCUGAAGUUACUGGACCUUUCCCUGAACCCGGGCUUGAACUUGCACAAAGACUCCCUUUCUGGUCUUGAAAAUUCUCUGGUUCACCUCCUUUUAAGGGAAAACAACAUUUCCUCCCUAAACACAGACUUGUCGUCACUGAAGUGUCUCAAACACGUUGACCUGUCCACCAACCAGCUCAACUCCUUACUAAUGUGGAACAAAGAGUCUUCUAUUGAGUCCUUAAACCUGCAGAACAACAACCUUGUCACUCUAGACCACCACACCAUCCUCGCCCUGGAGCGCCAUCUGAAGACUCUCUACAUGGGCUCCAACCCUCUGAGCUGCUGUGACAACCUCAGCAUCUUCCGCCUGGUGCACCAGUCAGCGGUGGUCGUCCCCGACAUCGCUACAGCCACCUGCUUUCAUGAGAAAAAUUCAGAGCCGGUCAACAUCAAGAAGGUGACCCCGGAAAUGUGCCAUCGGCCGGAUGUCUCAAACUACGUUGUAGGUGUUGUGGUGACACUGUUAGUUGCGAUGAUCCUGUUGGGGCUGCUGAUUAAAUGCUGCCGUUUAAGGAAGCGAAAACACAACAGAAGCUUUAACGCAUAGUGUGAACGAACCUUGCACAUGCAAGGGUGUGAAUGCAUCACUUGCACUUGUCUAGAUGAGACUGUUGAAAUGUGAAAGUGUAGACUGGUUCCACUUGGAGAUUUCUGUAUGAAGCCUUGAUUUUUGGCUUACCAAUAUGAAGAAAAACCAUACAAGCCCGUACACUGAUAUCUCCGACAUGAAGCAGCAGGUGUGAAGAAGAAAAACGUGUGAACUCAUAUAAGAAGCAGCUUCUGAGAGGAGUUUGGACUUUCUGGAAAGACUUUUUUGGAGCAUCUUGUGACUGUUUAAGGGUCUGCUGCUCUAAACCCUUUCUGGUGUGCUCAGACAGAAUGUGACAGGCUUUGUGACCUAACAAGAGAGGAAAUAAAACAAUACUCUGCUACCAGCGAGCCUACAGCUUUACAGACUGCACUUUGGAUGAUUUAAUUCACAUAAACAGAGCAGAGUGUGUUGAAUGACGCAACGUGAAACAUGCGUCUGAGCACACCUUUAUGUCUAAAGCUGCAGUGUUAAAUCUUGGAUUUCCUACCAAGCCACUUGCCUCACACCAGUUUUACUGAAUGUAAAAUGAAGAAUCCACACUAAAACCCACUCACAGGACAGUAGCAACAGAACAGACUGAAUACUUUAACCUGUUUUAAUAGUUUUAGGCUCCUUUUCAGUUGAUGGGAACAUGUGAUGCCCACAGAAGCAGCUAUGCUUGGAAAAAAAAGAUGAAAACAUUUAAAGAGUAAAAGAAUUUUGGCCACUGACGACCACCGUAAAUUCACUGUGCUUGGUGCUUGGUAUUUGAAGUCAUUACUAUGCCCAUCCUUACCACUAGAUGCCAGUAAUUUUCACACACUGUACCUUUAAGGUCAGAAACUGAUGUAGUGUUGCUUUAGCGCCUAAAAAUUAAACCAAAUGAAUUUGCGAUAAUAGAAUAAUUAACUUGUGAUCCUGAGAAAAUGGGCUUAUAACAAAUAAUUUCAGCCAUGGCUGCUCCUGGCUUCCAGAUACCUGUCUCUCAUCUGCCUUCUAUACUGUUUGUUUACAGGAAGCCUAAUAUUAUUAUGAGCAGUUUAAAUGGCAGCUUUUGAAACUAAAAGAACCAGUUAAAGUUUAUCAUAAGGACAGAAAAUAGACAGUAAGAGCUGGUUCUGCACAAAGAAACAAAGCCUGCCUACCAACACCUCUAAGCUCACUUUGUUAUAACAUACAGUAUGCCACGUUUAAUCCAAAGUGUAAGAGCAGGUUGUUGUUACUGCAACUUUCAGUUAAUGAGUAAGAAACCAAAGAAAUAUUGAGUAGUUAGCUUUAGAGAUGCUAUCUGGCAAUUUUGGUUACCUUUAGACUGGUUUGUAUUUACUUUUGUCUAAGCAUGUAAUCCCCAAGCUUGUGAUUAUAGAAGUCUAGUAUACUGUUCAUGAACUCAGAGCUCUCACAAUAUCACAGGUAGACGACAUGCAUCUGGACUUUUUUCAUUAAAACAGUAAACAUGACUCCACAUGAAGGCAGCAUAGGGUGCUAUUAAUGUUCCUACACUCCCAAGCUCUUAUAUUUCUAGGUUCUACAAUUCUAGCAUCCGUAGAUUUCAACAUGUUAGUACAAUCCUUAUAUUGUAGAAGUAGUUAAACCUAAGAACAUUGGAGAGAACAUUAAAAUAGAACUGGGGAACAAAAGAUAUGGUGCAUAAUAACUCUAAGGUCCAUACAGUCCAAGGAUCUAAGAAUAUGUUCCCUUUGACCAAAACAAGGCUAACUUUUUACCAUGGUUUUCAGUCUUCAUGGAGAACUAAGUUAACUACAUCUUCUCCAUGGUCUUCCCAUAUCUGGCAUUUCAACAAGGAAAUAGUGUGGUAGGCUAUAAACCUUUAAGGUCUGACAGAGGGAUUACUGAAAGAGAGAAUAAAUCAGUGACAGAGACAGAAAGACAUAUGACACUGAAACGGAUAUCUGUUGUGAAAUAAAAAUUUCCUUCAGGCUAGAAAUAAAGAACACUACAAAAGUCUGUGAAUUCAUGAAGUAUACUUUAGAUGAAGGUGUUUAUCUAAGUCAUCCCUUUAACCUUUGUAUAGUUUGCACUUUAAACUUAUUGUGUUUGUGUGAUUGUAUUCUGCUUUUUGGCGGUUAACAC